AUGGUCAAUUUGGCACCUGACCUGGAGGGCGAAAUUUCGCGUUCCUUGCAAAAUUGUUCAUUAAAGAGCAUUGAUCUCGGAGGAAACAAACUAUCUGGAAAGUUGCCCUCAUGGUUAGGAGAGACUAUAAGUGAACUGUGGAUGCUACAAUUGCAAUCAAACUCUUUUAACAGAAUCAUCCCUCAGCAAUGGUGCAAUUUUCCAAAUCUUCACAUCUUAGAUCUUGUAGAGAACAAUAUUUCAGGUAUUUUUGACCAUGUUAAUGUCAUUGAUCUUUCUCCAAACAAUCUAAUGGAUGAAAUUCCCGAAGAUAUCACAAGGCUCAUUGAGUUAGGAACCUUAAAUUUUUCAUGGAAUCAGCUAACAGGAAACAUCCCUGAGAAAAUUGAAAGCUUAAGAUUGUUGGAAACACUUGAUCUUUCAAGAAGAAUCCGAUCAGGAAACCAACUCCAAGCACUCGAUGAUUCAUCUAUUUAUUCAAACAACCCUUUAUUGUGUAGGUUUCUUCUUUCCACCAAAUGCCUGGGCGAUGAAGAUCAUACAUCUAAUUCAUCUACUUUUGAUGGAGGCGGCUUAAAAGACAGUGGUGUUGAGAAUGAUAAUAAAAUGCUUUGGUUCUAUAUUAGCAUGGAAUUUGGGUUCCUUUUGGGACUUUGUGGUGUUUGCUUCACUUUAUGGAUCAAAGAGUCAUGGAGAAAAGCUUAUUUUUAG